AUGAAGAACUCUACAGUGAACUUCACCACAUCUGCAGCUUUAUUUGAGUCCAGUGACGUACUGCUGAGACUGCACAUGUCUGUGCACAGCAUCAAUGUUCUGUUCGGUCUUCCGACACACUCCUUUAUUUUAUGGCUCAUCAUCACAAGCACGGGAAGUGGAAUUGCAUCAGACUUCUUCAAUCUUAAUCUCUCUGUUUGUGAGAUUGGUAUCUGUCUGAAUAGUGUGUCUGUAAUUUUUUAUUCUCUUUGGUUUUCAAGUCUCUCAGGAUUAGUGUACUUUUUAUCCGGACUUGGCAUCACCGGUCGUCCUCUGUUUCAGUGUCUGAUGUGUGUGGAGCGUUACCUGGCGGUGGUUCAUCCUGUAACCUUUCUGAAGUACAAACCUCUCAGAUACAGACUCAUGUGCUGCACUGCUGCCUGGAUCAUUUGUCUCGUCUCCUGUUUUCUCUGCAUGUUUAGUGUAAUCUUACUGAAAUAUGUUUUAUUUAUAGAGUUUUACUCGGUCCAGUUCCUCGUCUUUCUCUCCAUCCAGUUGUUCUGUUGUCUGGCUGUUCUCAGAGCUCUGAAGCAGUCAGGACCAGGAGAGAGAGUGAGAGAGAGAGAGGAGGAAAACCACAUGAAGAGGCGUGCGUUUCAUCUCAUUCUCAUAACUACUGUGAACUUCCUUGUCAUUUAUCUCCCGUUUAUAACUUUAGGAUUUUAUUUUAUUCUGUCAAAGCAUUAUAUUCUGGAACUUGAAUUAGCUUGUUUGUUUGUUUUUUCUUUUGCUAGCUUUGUUCAGCCUGUUCUUUAUCUGCAUCGUGCUGGAAAACUCCGCUCCCUGUGUUCACCAUAA